UUCCAACAUGAGCCGAAAUGAUCUGAGUUUUCUCCGCCACACUGACACCACACUCAUCUCACAUACCGGGCCGAUCACCCAACUACGCACACAACUGUCCGAGUCGCGGGCGGCUACUCACGUCCGACCCGUUUUGCUCCCUACCGAGAGCCCCUCUACAGGACCCAAGACGAUGGCAUUCUCCAGGUCCGCGGAUCAGCCCGCCGCCCUGGCCGAGGGCCGGCGCAUCUACCUCGGCAACCUGCUCUACAUCGCCCGGCCGGCCGAGAUCGAGGAGAUGCUCAGGGACAACGGCUUCCCCGAGUACGAAAAGAUCCACAUCUCCAUGGACCCCGUCUCGGGCCGCAACCCGGGGUACUGCUUCGUCGACUUCCUGGCCCGCGACGACGCCGACCGCGCGCUCUCGUCCCUCGACGCCUCCAUCCGCGGCCGGCCUCUCAAGGUCGGGCCCUGUGAGCCAAAGAAGCAGCAGCAAAGGACGGCGACGGCGGCGGCGGCGGCGGGGGGAGGCCGCUGGAAGAGCGACAAGGAGCCGGCGGCCUUCCAGCGAUGGGGCAACUGGUCCGGGCAGAGGGACCGCCGGGCCGGCGACGACUCGGAGGGCAAGGGCGGCGUUGAUCAGGGGCCGUCCGCCGCCAUCGAGCACUUUGAAGAAGCGGUCGCCACCGACACGGACGGACGGCGUCUUUACGUCGGCGGCCUGGCCAAGAUGGUUGACCAGCAGCACAACCAAGAUGAGAUGCGUGACAUCUUGGGCGACUUCAACCCGGUCGCCAUUGGCAAGCGCAUAACUCCUCACGAGUCCAAGAGGACCGCGCCGGGGAACCACCACUACUGCUUCGUCCACUUCGCCACCGUCGAGGAGGCCGCGGCCGCCAGGGACGCGCUCGACGGCAAGUCGUGGGCAGGUGAGCGCCUGCGCGUCAACGUCGCCCGGCCCCUGCCGGACAAGCUGAGGGACCGCACACACCCUAAGGACCCCGCGUCGCCGGCCCGGGACAACACGGUCUGGGGUGAACGACCUACGCGGAGCAACCGGUCUCCGGGUGGCGAGCGGUCAUCGUGGCGGAAGCCCGGCGGAAACGGCAGCAACAGCGGCGUCGGCGGCGGCGGCGGCGGCGACUCGGCAGACGAGAGCAGCGGCAACAGCAACAGCAACAGCAACAGCAGCAAGCCUUCGCAGCCGCUCAGGUCCCUUGCGUCGGGAAACUGGCGUCAGAGAGAAUAAAGGCCUGGGAUGCGGGUCUUGGACUCAUAUAGGCGUACGGUUUGUUGCUAUCAAGGCAACCAUUUGUUCACACAUUGCGAGGCAUUCAGACUUGCAAGAUGGAUGGACGCCCUACGAGGGGUAUCGAGUGACCGUGUCUCGCCCAAAAUGUGUAAAUUUGGGAGCCCGGCACUACUAGAGAUCGGUAGACAGUCGAGAGUGUUGGAUUCGUCUCCUCCAAAAAGUUACCAGGCGUUCAAAAGUGAUGUGGUCAUGGUAUGUUUCCCGAAUAGCGUGUGUGUGUCCGACGAGACUGCUCAGACAGCAACGAACAUACGGGGAUGAGCCGUUGUCAAAAUAGGCGUUGAAAUAUUCAUAGAGAUUAUAUCAAAGUCCUUUCCCCGUCGGGGCCGCAC